AUGCACGCCACCGGCCACACGGACCGCUCGGGCGGCGGCGGCGGCGGCGGCUCCUGGCGCCUCCCGCCCGACGAGACUUUGCAAGUCGCCGACCCCAAGUCCACCAAGGAAGAGGAUCUGUACCAAGGAGAUGGCCACAACUGGAGAAGCAUCAUCUUCUCUUUGAUGGUCAUCAGUUUUGUGAUAGCGGGCAUCGUCACUGCGAUUUAUUUAUUAGGAUAUGUGGACGAGUUGCUUUACUGGUCGGGUCGUCGGAUGCGACUGGACGAAUUCUUGCGCGGCGACCUAACAGGCGAGCGGCUCCCCACCACCUGGGUCAGCUCCCACCAGUUGGUCUACCAGGCGGACGACGGGGGACUGCUGGCUCUGGACACAUUCAACAACACCCUCACUGUUCUCGUCACCAAUCACACUCUCAGACAGCUCAACGUGCGCGGCUACCAGUGCUCUCCAAACUUGCGCUUCGUACUCUUCCAACACAAUAUCAAGGAGGUCUAUCGGCGGACUUUUACGGCGCACUACACCGUUUAUGACGUCACAAAUGACCACCACAUACCGCUGUUCGGCGAAGGCCAGAGCAGCUGGGAGUGGCAGUACGCCUCGUGGCUGGGCUCCGAAGGGGCCCUGCUGCUGGCGGCCGACAACGAGGUGCUUGCGCGCCCCGGGCCCCCCGCGAGAAGAGCCCCACUCAUUCGACUCACAACCGACGCGGUGCCUGGGAAAGUCUACAAUGGUGUGUCCGAUUGGCUGUAUCAAGAGGAGGUGACAAAAACCCCCUCGGCGAUGUGGGGCUCGUCUGACGGCACCCUGGUCCUGUACGUGCAGUACGACGACAGCGAGGUCUCCCAGGUGAAAUUCCCAAAGAUAUCGGAGGGAAUCGGCGGGAUGGGAGCUUCUAGGUCCGGAUUCCUACUGCCUACGUUGAACAACACUCUGCCCACUGUCUUCCCUGAUCACAUUACUAUAAGAUAUCCCACGCCGGGCAGCUCUAUCCCGCGGGUGAGGCUGUGGAUAGUGGCUGUGCAGAACACGACCGCCCCGCCGAGAUGGGAGGUCAGACCGCCGACCACGCUGGAUGGAAUGGAAUAUUACCUCAUAUCAGCCCAGUGGGUGGGCAAAGAGAAUUCCCACGUAGGGGUCGUGUGGAUGAACCGAGCGCAGAACCUCACCGUCUAUAGCAGUUGCUACGCGCCUAACUGGACGUGUACGGAGUCACAUUCAGAAAAGGCGACCGAAGAGCCGUGGUUAGAAGUGCAUCCACAGCCGGUGUACUCCGAAGACGGCAGUGCUUUCCUCCUGCUUGCGGCGGUCCAAGAAGGCGGGGGACAGUACUACACCCACAUCAAGCAUGUGGACGUGAUCAGACAACGCAUAGCCGUGCUAUCACACGGGAAGGUGGAAGUUGCAGAGAUCCUGGCCUGGGACCAGGAGAACCACUUAGUUUAUUAUUUAGGUUUAGACAAAGAAAAGUUAUUCAUACCAAAUCUACAUCCAGAUAUGGUGAAGAAAACAAAUCAAAUUAAUGCAGAAAGACCAGGGCAGAGACAGGUGUACGUUGUCCGCGACCCCAGCUACGGAGGAGGCAGCAACUCCGUCAGGGCUCGGGCAGAACGAGAGGAACCUCGGUGCCUUACUUGCGAGUUGGCGGUGUGGCCAGCGCGGCUGCACUAUGCCAACUGCUCCUAUUGGAGAGCGUCCUUCUCCCCACCUAAGCCAAGAGUUGGCAUCACGCAUUACGUCCUUGAAUGCGGCGGGCCGGGCCCCCCUCUGGCUGGUCUUCAUGACGCUAGAACUCAUAAGCUAGAAAGAAUAUUGUACGACACGAGGCCUUACAGAUCAGUCCGUUUACGCGAGUUGGCUCUCCCCACGCGGCGUUCGUUCGACGUGCAACUGAGCAGCGGGUCACGUGCGCGCGUUCAGCUCAUGCUGCCGCCGUCGUGGCGAGAGGAGCUGCGGGACGCCGCAUUCCCUGUGCUAGUUCAUGUAGAUGGCCGUCCCGGUAGCCAGCAAGUGACUGAAGAGUUCAUGGUAGACUGGGGCUCAUACAUGUCGUCUCGUAACGACGUGGUGUACGUGAAGUUAGACGUGGCGGGUGCUAGAGGGCUUCCGCGGGCGUUGCUGAGAGGUCGCCUUGGGGGCGUCGAGGUGGCUGAUCAGUUGGCUGUUAUUAGAUAUUUAUUAGAAACCUUCAAAUUCCUGGACGUAACUCGCGUGGCCGUUUGGGGCUGGGGCUACGGCGGGUACGUGACCGCCAUGCUGCUGGGCUCGCAACAGUCCACGCUCAAGUGUGGCAUCGCCGUGUCGCCCAUCACCGACUGGCUGUAUUAUAAUGCAGCUUUCACGGAGCGUAUCCUUGGGACACCUUCAGUGAACUACAAGGGGUACGUGGAGGCUGACGCGUCGCAGCGCGCGCACCACGUGCCGGCGCACGCGCUGUACCUCGUGCACGGCAUGGCCGACAUGAGCGCGCCCUACCCGCACGCGCUGCAGCUCGCCAGGGCGCUCACUGACGCCGGCGUGCUAUUUCGAUAUCAGGCCUACGCCGAUGAAGGGCAUGACCUGAAAGGUGUAAUUGAGCACGUCUACCGAUCCAUGGAGGACUAUCUCCGUGAAUGUCUAUCCCUAGACCCAGAGGACACCAAGCUGCCCCCGCCUGAUAGAUAGAAAGGAGAAACCACUGAGCAAUAACUUGUAUCCAAACACUUCCGAAAUAUAUCCAAUUGUUAUAAUAAUGCUCUCUGUAAAUAUGUAAA